GUAAACUGUCAAUAGAUUCGAUCUGAGAAACAAUUAUUGUUGUUAGGUUAGGGUUAGGAAUACUGUCAAAUCAAACGUAACGUCAUACUGUACGUGCUACUUUUUAUGGAAGACAGUUUAUAAAUAUCAUUUAAACGUGCCCUCAAUUUUAUAAAACAUGAAAUACAACAUGUCUUCCUGUCUUUCGUGAAUGAUUUAUAAUCGUUAAUUAAUUAUGGAAACACGUGGUUUCCCCAUUACCGCUAUUCUCAUUCGAAGUUUGCCGAAUAAAAAUAAUUCGACCAAUCAACUAAAUUUGUUCACGACCCUGAACUGCGAAAAUGACGGAUUCUGUAUGCAGCGCACUAGGAAUCGAUCGGGUAGAUAUGUGCGGUAAAACCGUAUUGAUAGAAGAACAACACGGCAGUGAUGCAAACUUUUUAGUGAAUGCCAUUGUAUCCGGAGCUCUGGAGAAAGGUCAGGGCAUCUGUCUGGUCCUUUUCCACAAUACAUUUGGUCACUAUCAUAAUGUCGGCAUGAAGCUGGGCUAUAAUAUGAAAGUACUGAGAGAACGAGGUCAGGUGACAGUUGUGGAACCGAUGAAGAUAGCAGCGAGCAAUGUCGAGGACCUGGGCCAUGAUUCUAUAGAUGCGGCAAAUGUUGACCUCACCAAAUCUCAUGGGAAAAAAGUUCCCGCGGAAGAAAUUGGGGUACCAGAUAUUAUGAAGUUGGACACAACUUUGGUGCGGCAGCUAUUUCUACCUGUGAGAAACAAAGUUUAUGAAAUGCUCGAGUCCAUAGGGUCUGUCAACAUAAUAGUAGAUGAUCUGAGUCACCUUUUUGACAUGAGUUUAAGCCUCAAAGACGUAUGGUUCUAUGUCAGAUAUUUGAGGUCCCUUAUGGAAUUCGAACCCAUGAUCGCCGUGUGCAUUAUGACUCACACUUACAGAGCAGAUCCUAACACCUGCCAGCCUGACAUGAUCGCUAUAGGGCUGAAGCACAUGUCCGACUUGAUAGUCAGCGUUGAACCUCUAAGUACAGGUCACGCAAAUGAUGUAUCUGGAAAAAUAAAUAUUAGAUGGAAUGCAGAUGAGGUGCGAAAGAAGUAUCACUGGGCAGACAAAACAACGUAUUUAUACAAGCUGUUGGAUCGUCAAGUGAAAAUGUUUGCCCCUGGAGCAUCCACUUUGUGUUAGCAGUGAUUAGAAAGUUGCAACAAAUCUGAAAGCCGGAUCAUUCAUUGUAGUGAGACUUCCUGCUAUCAUCGAGCAUUACUUGCUAUUCAUAUCAGAUGGAAUGAAGUUUAACCCGGUUUCAAAGAGCAACAAACAUUUUAACAUUAAUUAUAACGAACAUUGUCUAUAUCACUUCUAUUUUUUUUCUUCAUUCAAAAUUUAUUUACUACUUAUAUAUGCAGCUUUCGACAAUUAAAAAGAUUUUUUAUUGUUGUGGA